AUGACUCUGACUUUCUUGGCGCACCUCACAGAUUUAGCGAUGGCUGUUGUCAAUGAUGAUUUGGAGGAAUAUGCCAUGGAGCAAUUUCAGAAUUCACUUCUACGAUCUCUUUCCGAGAAUGAGGGCUUCUGGGACGUCACACUUCACCUUGGACGCGAGGGAAGCGGGACGGCGAGCGUCAACUGUCACCGCCACAUGCUCGCAGCGCAUAGCAGCGUCUUCGCGCAGCUGCUCAUGCAAGCUCAAUCGCAACAGCUACAGGGCCUAGCUUCUUUGAGUGGAAAGCAGUCGAAUAGAAUCUCAUUGCGCGUGGAAUGUGAUCCAGACGCGUUCAGCGACAUCCUGACAUACAUGUACAGCGGGAAGUUGUCCUUGAACCCCGAGCAUGCCAUUGAGCUUCUGUCAGUCAGCACUUACUACCAGAUUGAACCCCUCGUCCGAGCUUACAGCCAGUUUGCGGAGUCGUACCUCAAGGUGGAGACUGUCAACGUGCUCCUGGCGUCAGCCUUACAGUUCAAUCUCUCUGACACUGUGGACAGGCGAGCAAUAUGCGAACACUACAUCCUUCGUAACGCAACUCCAGUCAUGCUCAACCCGACCUUCGAGGCCGUUCCCGAGCCAUACGUGUGCCGCCUGCUGGAGAACGACGAGCUGCAGAUUCAGGAGGUGGAUGCUUUCAGUGCGGUAGUCAGGUGGGGUAAGGCGAGGUACGGAGACAUCGACCCCAACGUCCUGCGGGAGAAGCUCGCCAACAUCAUGCAGUACGUUCGCUUCCCCAUGAUGGACAGCAAGGACAUGGCUGACAGCGUCGAGCCGCUCAACCUGGUGGACCAGUCGCUGCUCCUCGAGGCGUACAGGUUCAAAGCAACAGGAGGGGACUUGAGGAACACCAGAGGAGACGCGUCUAGAGGAAACCGCAGGUUCAUCCCCCGCCGCGCCAUCAGCGACCAGGCCCCAUAUGCCAACUCCAGCUCGAGGUACCCCAUGGCUCAAGUUCCCUUCCAGAGCCGCCCAACUCUCUCAGCUCAGCCCACCCCUACCCCCAUCAGUCAGCCCCCGUCACAGAUGCAGUCGCAGUCACAGAUGCAAACGCAGACGCCCAUGGUGGGGGUGGGUCUCGGCCUCUCCCUGCACUCCUCCCUUCCCUGCAUGCUCGUCACCGAGGUUGCCCCCUGGUGUCAAAUCCAGUCCGGCGACCUGCAGAAGAUCGAGGUCGGCGACAUGCUCAAGAGCAUCGACGGCUGGCCGGUCAACCGCUCGGUCGACGCUGUCAAGAAGCACCUGCUGGGCCCUCCCAACACCCUCGUCACCCUCGGCAUCCUCCGACGAGGUGUCGACUACGAGGUCGUGGUAGUUCGCGGCUCGUCCGAUCGGAUGUCGAGCAGGGCGAACUCUGGACGCAACACUCCCUACGACUCCUACAGGUCACCCAACAGCAUCGCGCCCAGCAGGUCGACCAUGAAUGACACGAGGAAGCAGCUCGAGGACGCAAAGAAUGCGCUGAACGCCUUCAGCCGCCCUAGCAGCAUGGCGCCAGGCUCCAACUAUCAGGGGGAGAGAGAGAGAUUGGACGUAGUGUGA